GCGUUUUUAUAUUAAGAUCUGAUUUUGCAUAGAUCAAAACCUCUCUAUAUAUAUCCCUAUUUAAGUUGACGCAUGCUACCUUAAUUCCUCCACGAUUCCAUUAGCAAUCUAAAGAGGAUUCAAUUUCUGUAGCCAUGCGUGUGAAGGUCGUGAGCAAAAGGCUUGUCAAGCCACGCACCCCAACUCCACAAACCCUCAAAACCUACCACAUCUCAUUCAUGGACGAACUCAAUCCCACCAUGAACGUUGUCGGCAUUUUCUACUACCAUUCCCCUUCCGCCGCCGCCGCCGCGAACCUCGAGGGUCUCCAGCAAUCCCUCUCCGACAUCCUCCCCGCUUUCUACCCAUUCGCAGGGCGGUACAUGAAGCAAGAUCGCGUCGUUGAUUGCAGCGACCAAGGCGCCCUCCUCAUCGAGGCGGACGUUGAUCACCAAAUGCUUGAGACUAUGAAGCUCGACGUCGUCGAGGAGCUCAACGAUAUUCUACCCUGCGAGAUCGGGGCAGCAGACGACGAGACGGACCCGAUCUUGCUCGUCCAGCUCAACAAGUUCAAAUGUGGCGGUUUGGCUAUCAGCGUAUGCAUUUCUCAUAGGGUCGUUGAUGCAUGCACCCUGGGAACGUUCGUCUCUGCAUGGACGAACGCAGCUAGGGGAGGAAACAGGGAAGAAAUCUGUCCAGUCUUUGACGGGCCAGCUUUCUUCCCUGGAAAGAAUUUCCCUGCGCCAGAGUUUGGGACAACUCGGGGCAGGGAAAAUGGUCUCUAUAGCAUCAUUUGCAAGAGGUUCUUGUUUAACAAAAACACAAUCUCUGGCCUUAAAGAGAGGGUUUUCAAGCCCACCGAGCAGUCAUGCCCCCCUUCAAGGGUCGGGGUAGUCUCAGGGCUCAUAGUCAAGGCCAUUGACCGUGCUCGGGCCCAGGUGGGCCCGAGCACGGAUUUAUUCGUGGCGCAGGCCGUCAACAUCCGGGAGAGGACCGUGCCGCCUCUCUCCAGACAUUCCUGUGGGAAUUUGGUAGCUCUGGCGAUCACAGAGCUAUCUGCAGAGGAGACGAAGAGGAUGGGGCUCGAAGAUUACGUUCGCGUGCUGGGGAGCGACGCGAGGAAGGCAGUGCGUGGGUGCGCGGGAGUGAUAAGUGAGGAAGGGCACAGGGGGUGGAUUGAGGCAUCCCAUGAGGCGUCGGAGGUGUCUCUGAGGGAGGAUGUGAGUGUUGUGUGGGUGACGGAUUGGAGCAAGUUUGGAUUCUACGAGGCCGAUUUCGGGUGGGGGAAGCCGGAGUGGGCGAGUGUGGCUAAUGUGGUGGUGAAGAACCAUGUUUUGUUGAUGGACACCAAAGAGGGAGAUGGGAUUGAGGCAUGGGUGCAGCUUGAAGAUACUCACAUGCCUUAUUUCGAAGCCCAAAUUAGAAAUUUCAUUUCGGCUUAGUUUGGUUUGGACAAAACUUUGUGUUGUGUAAUGUGUAAUAGUAAUGUGUAUUUUCGUUUCCCUUGUUUUAUUGAAUAAUCGGUUCUUCUUUCAUGGAAGUUCCAACGUUGAUGUGCUUGUAUAAUGCCUAAGAGUAAAAUAUUGUAGUAUUAUUUCACCUUUAUCA